AUGAGGCCACCCUCGCUUCUCCUUCUCCUUCUCCUACAUGCUGCUAGUGGUUGCUUCCUUCCUUCCGUGCUGCGCUCUCUCCCACCCGCACAGCUACCGUCCAAAUCGCGGCAUAAAAUGUGGGCCGGCCAUGGUGAUAACUUUCCUCCCCUCCCCUCCUUCCUCCUCGCCCUCGCCCCCGCGUCUGGGCCACAAUAGCUCCCCCAUCGCCCAGCCGGAGGAUCCCCAGAUCGACCCACCGCCUCCUCCGGACGGUCACCUCCACCUCCUCCAGCUGCAAGCCCAACUCACCGGUGCCGCCUCUUGUGCAGCGCAGCUGAGCUGAUCUAGGGAUAUACCAAUGGCGACAUCCAAGAAGGGGCCUCUCUAUCCCAGCAGGGACAGGGCCACCAGGAUGGCCCCCAACCUCAAGCCCUCCAGCAGCGAGACCUCCUCCUCCGGCUACGGCGCGCGCCGGGCGAGGUCAGUGCCGAGCUCCCCAGAUCGCAAGCUCGGUCCUUCGGCUGCCGCUGCGGCGGCUCCUUCCGCCUCCCCGGACAUGUGCCGUCCCUCAUUGUCACACGCUGGCCGGUCCAUCUCUUCACGAACAAUGUCCGGCUCAGGCUCAUCCAUUCAUGGCAGCAAGCCAACCUCAAAGCCGGCUCUGGCUAGAGCGAAAUCCGACAAAGUCACCGCCAACUCACAGCGGCCUCAUGCGCUCGCUGGACCGCUGAGCAGUUCCUUCAAGGACAUGGCCAACACAGUGCCAGCCUCCAACUCGCCUUCUACCUUGCUGAAGAAUAAGCUUUCGCCAAGGCCCGCCCCUGGCAAAGGGGUGGCGCCCCCAAAGCCGAGCAUCCAGAGGGCGCCAUCGCCGGGGCCUUUGAGAGGUGGGAAGCCUCUGCCCGCGUCCUCGGCGCGCGCGCCAGGCACGGCAGCAAAGAAAAGAGAAGCAGCGGCAAAUGGUGGUGCUAACGCAAGCUCAAGGCCAAGGGGUGCUCCUCAGAGGGCAGCGGAGCCAUGCACUACAACCAGGAAGGAGAAAGAUGACGAGCCAUCGAUGCGGUUUGAGGAAUCCGAGAGCCUGACCACUCCGUCCAUCGAAGAUCAGUUGCAGGAGCAGCUUCCUGACCCUGUGGACCUGAAACCCAUCGACAUGGCUGCUUCCGCUUCUGCUUCACCUCGACGCGAUCAGCAGGGGCCGCACACUCAGCAACAGGGCAAGAAUGAGGAGGAAAUCAAGGAGCAGCCAGAGAAAGAGGAUGCUGAUGCCGGCGGAAACGACAUUGCAAAGGUUGCUGAUGAAUUGGAUCGAGCGGCAGAGACAGAAGAGGCUAUGACGAAGGCAAGCAGCAGGACUGAAGCUGCUCAGUCAUGGAGGAAGGAUGAUCCCAAAAGCAACGACGUGAUCGAGGAGACGAAAAGCAAGCUCCUGGAGGAGAGGCAGAGCAGGGUGAAGGCCUUGGUAGGGGCCUUCGAGACGGCCAUGUCCUUCAAGGAGUAGUUGCUCAUCCUCGGCCCAGUUCUGCUGAUCGACCAAUCCUGGGUGCAUCCUGCAUUGAAUAUGCUGUGAUCAUGGUUCCUCGAGUGUCAGUGUUUAUACAAUGGUUUCCUUGGUCCGUUUGUAUUCCAUGUGUUGAUUUUUUUUGUUUCGGACUGAUCAUGGCCGCGUUCAUUGUUGAUGCGCUGCUUGUUGCUGUUGUUGGUGCGGAGAUUUGAAUGAAACCUUGGUGCUUGUUGGUUGGCUGGGAAA